GCAGAUGAAUAAACGACUAAUUAAAAUUGUAAAACAAAAAGUCGAGUAGAUACCGUCAUUGAAUACUAAAUAAUAACAUGCAUAUCGUAUCUACACUGAUCAUUUUAUAAUUAAUCGUGAUAUAGUAGUGAUUGGGUUUGGAUAUUAUAAAAUAUAUAAUUUCAUUUUUAUUUACGUUUGUGAGCAGUCCAAUCAGGAGCAAUAUAUUACAACACCAACAAACCUUUGCUGGAUAUAUACCCGAGAACGGCACCCUCAAAAUGGAGUCCGAAUCAUCAGAAUUGACAUUGCCCUACCAAUUUACUGCAGAAGAAUGCAUCAAAGAAGGCCGAGUGUCUAGUGAUGACGUUGAAGAAAUAAGAACGUUUGUGUCAAAUUUGAAUGACAAAUACGUUCCUGCAAGGGUUCAGGAUGAGAUGAUUGUAAUAUUCCUAUUAUCUUGUGCCAAUGACGUUCAACUAACGAAAAAAACUAUAAUUUCCUAUUACCUAUUAAAAUUUGAAGGACCAGAAAUAUAUGAUGAUAGAGAUUUAAGUAACAGCGAUAUACAGUUGGCACUGAAUACUAUACACAUGUCAAGUAUACCAGUAAGAACAGAAGAAAACGAUGUAUACCAUUAUUUUAAUAUAAACGAUAGCAAUUACAAAAAUUUCGAUUUAGUCCCAAUCAUGAAAGCUUCCUAUAUGUUAAUGGACGUGGCUCAAGAAAAAAAUCCACCUAGCGGUUUGAUCGUAGUCAUCGAUAUGAAAGGAUUAGGACUGAUGCAUUUGACAAAAUUGAAAAUACAAGCAAUUAAAAAAUACUUAACGUUUCUUCAAGAGGGAUUUCCCAUGAGGAUGAAAAUGAUCCACCUCAUCAAUUCCGUUUAUUUCAUAGACAAAGUUAUGGCAAUUAUUAAAGUAUUUAUGAAGAGCGAAUUAAUGUCAAUGUUACAAAUUCAUUCACCCGAUCUGUCACCCGAAAAACUAUAUAAAAUAAUACCAAAAAAAUAUUUACCAAAAGAAUAUGGAGGAGAUCUGCCAUCUGAAAAAGAACUUCAUGAAAUAACGUUAGAAAAGUUCAGAACUAAACAAAAAUUUUGGGAAAUCGAAGAGAAAAUUCGGAAGCAAGCUAUUCAAAGGGAUAUUAACCAUUAGUUUUUUUUUUGUAAUGUUAUUUCAACUUUGUUUUAUUAAAGUUUUAAUUAAGAUUG